AAAGGAGAAGGAAGGAAGAUCUUCAGUUGCUCUUCCUCAGUGGAAUGAUAGUCCCGUAAAGCUGGCCAGAAGGCAAUUAAUAGUGAAAAGGAUGGCCAAACGUGCUGCCGAGCUGGUAAAACAGGAUGGCGAAGUUAUUGUAAAACUUGAAGAUUCUGCUAUUGAACGUUCAAAAUCAGUUGAUUCAGCAGUUCUAGGUAAAUACAACAUUUGGAGGAAAGAAAAUGAAAAUGAGAAUGAUUCUACCGUUCGGUUGAUGCGAGAUCAGAUCAUUAUGGCUAGGGUAUACUUGAGUAUUGCGAAGACGAAGAACAAUCUUGACUUGUGCCAAGAGCUGCAAACACGGCUUAAAGAGAGUCAGCGUGCUUUAGGUGAGACAACUUCCGAUGCUGACCUGCACCAUAGUGAACAUGAAAAAAUGAAAGCUAUGGGUCAAGUUCUUUCUAAGGCAAAAGAUCAAUUGUAUGACGGCAAGUUGGUUACUGGGAAAUUGAGGGCAAUGCUACAAACUGCUGAUGAGCAAGUUCGGGGCUUGAAGAAACAAAGCACAUUCCUUAGUCAGUUGGCUGCCAAGACCAUACCGAAUGGAAUUCACUGCUUAUCGAUGCGCCUUACCAUAGAUUACUAUCUCGUUCCACCUGGAAAGAGAAAUUUCCCCAUGACUGAGAAUUUGGUUAAUCCCAGUCUUUAUCAUUACGCCCUAUUCUCAGACAAUGUUUUGGUUGCAUCUGUUGUUGUCAACUCAGCUGUUUUGAAUGCGAAGGAUCCUUCAAAGCACGUCUUUCACCUUGUUACGGAUAAAUUAAAUUGUGGAGCCAUGAACAUGUGGUUUUUAUUGAAUCCUCCUGGAAAAGCUACAAUCUUUGUUGAAAAUGUUGAUGAGUUUAAGUGGUUGAACUCAUCCUACUGCCCAGUCCUAAAACAGCUUGAAUCUGUGACAAUGAAAGAGUAUUAUCACCUAGCCAAAGCCUCCAACCUGCCAUCAAACAACAAACUGCAGCAAGCAAUGCAACCAACAGCUCAUGCCACACAUAGAAUGCUAAGUCAUGAAAUCAACCAAAAGCAUUGGCCUUAG